GAAAGUAAACCUAUAGUUGCGACCACCUCACAAACUUCGUCUUCUUCACAAAGCUUUUUUCUUGCCCUAGAUAGCGCGAGCGGGAGAUUCCAGAUUGAGAGCAGCUUCGAGUUUCUCUCUCCUCGCCGUUCCUCUUCGCUUCUUCGAGUUUCGUUACCAGAGAGAUUCUAGGUAUUGAGGGAGAGAGUGGUCUGGUGUUGAAGUGAUUUGACUUGUAGAAUGGACUUUGAUGAGUAUGAGUACCUAGAGAAGACAGUUGAAAAUCCCCACUUGGAGAAUGAAGUUGGGAAUGGUGGUGGUGAUGAGAAAGUCAAAUCUGAAGGGAGAGAGCGGAGUAGAAGCUCAAGGCAUAGGGGUGACGAGAAGAAGGAGAGGGAUGAAGACGAGGAUGGUCGGCGUUCUAAGCGGUCGAGAUCUCACCACCGUUCACGGUCUAGGGACAGAGAGAGGGAUAGGCAUAGGAGUAGCCGGGAGCACAGAGAUAGAGAUCGUGAAAAGGAUAUAGAUAAAGAAGAAAGAAAUGGGAAAGAUAGAGAGAGGGACAGAGAUAAGGAUCGAGAUGGUAAAGGGCGUGACCAUGAAAAAGAUAGGGAGAGAGAUCGGUCACGAAGGAGUAGAAGUCGAUCAGAGCGACAUCGGAGUCAGGAAAGAGAAAAGAGCCUGGAAAUAGAACCUAAGGAAAGAGAGACCAAGGACCGGGAUAGAGAUCGCAGGUUCAUACUAAUGCUAUUAGGUCCAUUGGUAUUGCCUUCUGUACAACUUGAUGGGGCACUUCCCUGCAGGGCCAUCUCGUGCUUCACACGCCAUAAAGAUAAGAAGGAGGAUAAGGUAGAACCUGAGGCUGAUCCGGAAAGAGAUCAGAGAACAGUUUUUGCUUAUCAGAUUGCUUUGAGAGCAACAGAAAGGGAUGUUUAUGAAUUCUUUUCUAGAGCUGGCAAGGUGCGAGAUGUACGGAUAAUAAUGGAUCGAAUUUCCAGGCGUUCCAGGGGAAUAGGGUAUGUGGAGUUUUAUGAUACAAUGUCUGUCCCCAUGGCUAUUGCUCUAUCUGGACAACCUCUUCUUGGUCAGCCUGUUAUGGUAAAACCUUCUGAAGCUGAGAAGAAUCUUGUUCAGUCAACAACUGCUGCUGCUGGAGCAGGGGGGAUGUUGGGCCCCUACUCCGGCGGAGCUAGACGUCUUUAUGUUGGUAACCUCCACAUUAACAUGUCAGAAGAUGAUCUGCGAAAGGUUUUUGAACCAUUUGGGAGUGUGGAGCUGGUGCAAGUACCUCGUGAUGAAACUGGCCUCUGCAAAGGAUUUGGUUUUGUUCAGUUCGCCCGCCUGGAGGAUGCUAGAAACGCACUGAAUCUAAAUGGGCAGUUGGAGAUUGCAGGUCGUGCAAUCAAGGUGUCAGCUGUAACUGAUCAAACUGAAGUCCCAGAAGCUGGACAGACGCAAACCACCGGUGAUUUGGAUGAUGAUGAUGGAGGUGGCCUGUCUCUGAAUGCACAAUCGCGGGCGCUUCUCAUGCAAAAGCUCGAUCGCAGUGGAACUGCAUCAAGCACUGGCCUUACUACAGCUGCAUCUAUUCACGGUGGAGUAUCUACAAUCUCUUCAUUGGCAGCUCCUGCACUUGUACAAGGGUCUUUUCCUGCUGUUGCUGGACUCGCAGGGGCCGGCAUUAUUCCUGGUGUAAUAGACCCAGUUGGUGUCCCCAGCGAAUGUCUGCUGCUUAAAAACAUGUUUGAUCCAUCUACUGAGACUGAAGAUGAUUUUGACAAGGAUAUAGAAGAAGAUGUUAAAGAAGAAUGCUCCAAAUUCGGAAAUCUGAAUCAUAUCUAUGUUGACAAGAACAGCGUUGGUUUUGUCUACCUGAGAUUUGAGAAUGCGCAAGCAGCCAUAGGUGCACAACGUGCUCUCCAUGGAAGAUGGUUUGCUGGAAAGAUGAUUACUGCGACUUACAUGACUACAGUGGCUUACGAGGCCAAAUUCCCCGAGAGUAAGGUCGGUUAAAGGUACCGAGAAAAAGUUGUUAUUAUGGUUGUCAAAGCAUAAAUGAAGAUAAAAUCUGCGGUGGUGAAUGAAGUUUACUGUCCUAAAGAGUAUUACAAAUUCAAUCUUGUGUCAAAUUUAUGUUUAUGCUUUUAGCCGCUUCUUGUAUUUUUAAGUCUCGGUAAUGUGUGUGCCGGUAACUUUGAAACCUUUUCAAGUCUUAAUUCAGUAUUUGUAUUAUGCGAACAUGUUUUCGAUUUCAUAAGAAUGUUUUGACUUUUUUUA